UAAUUGAUCUAAGACUUUACAGUCUAGACUCUAGAGACUUUAGUACAUAGGACAUUUUAUACACACUUAUAAUAUAAAUAUACACACCCAUCUUUCUCAUACACAUUUUUUUCCUCCCAUCAUCACUAGUCACGACCAAACAGAAAAAGGAAGAAACAUAUCAUAUUGAGAGAAAGAGGCGCACACCAGUGGCAUAACCGUAAAUAAAAGAUGUCCAAAGAUUGCGGCAACCACGGUGGUGGAAAAGAAGCAGCCGUCCGGCGAAUCUGCGCCGCCGUGAUCGCCUUCAUAAUAAUAGUUCUCAUAACCAUCUUUCUAGUUUGGGUCAUACUCAGGCCAACUAAACCAAGAUUCAUCCUCCAAGACGCCACCGUCUUCGCCUUCAACCUCUCGCAACCAAACCUCCUCACCACAAACUUUCAGAUCACUUUCGCAUCUCGCAACCCUAACUCCAAGAUCGGUAUCUACUACGACCGUCUCCACGUCUACGCCACGUACCGUAACCAGCAGAUAACUCUCAGGACCGCGAUCCCUCCCACGUACCAAGGCCACAAAGAAGACAACGUCUGGUCUCCUUUCGUGUACGGAACCGCUGUUCCGAUCGCACCGUACAACUCCGUCGCUUUGGGAGACGAGCAAGGUCAUGGGUUCGUUCAGUUGAUGAUACGCGCAGAUGGGCGCGUGAGGUGGAAAGUAGGGACGUUGAUCACCGGGAAGUAUCAUAUACAUGUUCGGUGUCCGGCUCUCAUCAAUCUUGGGAACAAAGCUGCUGGUGUUCUUGUCGGUGAUAACGCUGUUAAGUAUACGUUGGUUACUAAGUGCAGUGUGAACGUUUAGAUCUUUGACGGCGUUAAGUUGUUUCUAUCUUUCUUUCUUUUAAUAUUAUAUAAUCAAAAUCAUUUUCUAUUUUACAAACAAAUUUCACCAAACUUAUUCGUCCUACCAGCAGGAUAAUUAGCUUAUUGUUGAUUACUGUGUAAUAAUUAAUUACAAACACGACGUUGAAAUAAUUGGAAGAUUGGGUUUAGUUCUUUGUGUUUUUUUUUUCUGUAUUACCCUAAUAAUUACACUGCAUCGUGCUCAUCAAUAAUGUUCUGAGUUGUGACCACAUCGAAGACAGUAACUCAGUAGGAUUCGCUAUGGAGCUCUGAAAUAUAGUACUAUAUAAAUAUCAACAUUUUGCAAAUAUUUUCAUUAAAAUAUUUUAUAAACUUUAAUCUGUUCAACUUGUAAAAGCUAGUGUGAAGAGGAAUAAAUUAUUGGUAGGGAG